GCUACGUUACGCUUCCACUCUCUGGUCUCUGACACUUUCAGCACUUUCAUACGUCCUGCCUGGACCUGACCAGGUCUGCCAUCACGCCAAUCAGUCCUUCGCUAAUAUCACAGUCUGUCCCAUCAUGAACAACCCCGCCCUUCCACCGUAUCCUGCCCAGAACCACCCUUCAUACCCUCCAGCUUCGACCAGCCAGCCUUUCUUCAAUCAACCUGGCCCAUACACCGUCUCCCCUAACCCACCCUUUGAUAACGCCCAGAUCCCCUUUCAGCCAUCCAUGAUACAGUCCCAGAACCAUCCUAUCCAGAGACAACCCAAUAUCCACCAUCCACAGCAGUCCCUCCCUCAAAAUUUCUAUCUCCAGCAUCAACAACAACAACAACUUCAGGCACAGCAACUCCACCAGAACCAUCAACCUGCUUUUCCAGCCUUUGAUAACCCUCCUCACCAUAUCAAUCAAAACCCCCCCUACCCUGGCAAUCAACCUCCUACCCGACCGUCUCCUGCCCAGCUAAAACCAACCUCCCGACAGAAUUCCAACUCUAGCGUUAACCACAUUUCCACUCCCACGCCGAAUCAGUCCAUCCCACCUCCGACCUCCACUCCGUCCGGAGACCCAGCCAUGGCCGCGACUUUGAAUCUUCAAGGUCAGCCUGGCGCCACCCUCGCCCAGCAGGUUCAAAUGCAAAAUGCGGCUCAGAUGGCUAGACCAGUCUCUCAGCAACAAUCACAAACCCCCCAGUCGCAACAGGCCCUACCGACGACGCCCAUCUCCCCACACGCCGCUGCUCGAGAGCGAUCUAGGGUUUCCGUUCUUCUCGAUAUCAACACACAACUGCUCAUGGAAGUCGUCUCAUUGCAAGCCCAGGGCAAGGCUGGAAAUCAGUCAAAUCCAGGACAACCCUCACCAACCUCACCCGUAUCUGCUACCGACCCAAACAGUGCCCUAAACAAUAGCCCCGGCGAUCCUCCAAAAUCAGCAGGUGGCUCCAAUCCCUCUAAACCCCCAUCUCAAGAAUAUGCAGAUUGCAUGCGCCGCUUACAAGCCAAUCUGUCUUACCUCGCCGCCAUUGCCGACGCAAAGAAAAAGGUCAACGGAGCCCUUCCUCCCGGACCUGCCAUCAUGUUUCCUCCUCCACAUCUCACCCAGGUCCAAGACUUGUAUAAACGCCUUAAUGAACUCUUCCCAGAAGCAAGCCAGUCAGCCUCGAAAAAGGCCGCCGCACAAUCCCAAAGUCAAGAUGGUUCUGUCAAUCAGCAACCGACAGCCCCUGUCUUAGCACAAGGCUGAGCGACAGUCCGCAAGAGCGGUCUUUUCGAAGUCUAAUAUCUUCCUCUGGGCAUCCAUCUCGAUGGAUUGAGACUGUGCCAUUUAAUGGUCCACAUAUGGCCCCUUAUACGAUCAAGCCUAAACCGGGUGCAGCGCCGGUCUCAUAUACCACCUUUACACCCAAGAACCUCCACUUGGCACUAGAGGCGGUCGAGUUACAGUGUGAAACAGCUCGAGGCGGCCGGCGCUCGCUUGCCCAGUGCUUAACGAUAUUUCUAGCAGAGCAAUCAGGGCUCUAUGACAGAAGUCAUGCCAUGCAAGAUAGCAGGGCAGCUCCUCUUGGCUACUCACUCCACUCUCGUCCUUGGCUUUGUAUCAAAGUGCAUACAUCAAGUUAACCACCACCGACCAUGAGCAAAGAACCCUUUGGUCUCCAUAGACCUGAUCGGGAAGUGAGCGCGGCGCAGCCCCGGCCUGAUAUGGAGACAUGGGUGCACUUGUCAGAUUAUGGUGUGGCUAAUAAGGCCAGCAACAUUGCAACAAUACUCAACUGUAAAUAUCAAAUUGUCCACCAGAGCGUGAUUGCUAGUAUAUUUAGUAGCAUAGCAAGUUUCAAUCAUGGCUCGGGCCAUGAGGCACGGGUGGAACAAGUCUUUAACAAUCGCAAUCAAUGUCAUGGGUACGAGUCAUCGUAACGCUUGAUGUAUGAUGUCUUCAAAUUAUG